AUGUACCGCUGCCUGGGCGAAGCGCUGCUGCUGUCCCGCGCCGGGCCCGCCGCCCUGGGCUCCGCCGCAGCCGACGCGGCGGGGCUGCUGGGCCGGGCCCGCGGGCAGCCCGCCGCCGCCGCCCCGCAGCCGGGGCUCCCGCCGCCCACCCGGCGACACUACAGCGAGGCGGCGGCUGACCGCGAGGACGACCCCAACUUCUUCAAGAUGGUGGAGGGCUUCUUCGACCGCGGCGCCAGCAUCGUGGAGGACAAGCUGGUGGAGGACCUCAAGACCCGGGAGAGCGAGGAGCAGAAGCGGAAGCGGGUGCGCGGCAUCCUGCGGAUCAUCAAGCCCUGCAACCAUGUGCUGAGCCUGUCCUUCCCCAUCCGGCGCGACGACGGCUCCUGGGAGGUCGUGGAGGGCUACCGGGCCCAGCACAGCCAGCACCGCACGCCCUGCAAGGGAGGUAUUCGUUACAGCACUGACGUGAGUGUAGAUGAAGUGAAAGCUUUGGCUUCUCUGAUGACAUAUAAGUGCGCAGUGGUUGAUGUGCCAUUUGGGGGUGCCAAAGCUGGUGUUAAAAUCAACCCCAAGAACUAUAGUGAUAACGAGUUGGAAAAGAUUACGAGGAGGUUCACCAUGGAACUGGCCAAGAAAGGCUUUAUUGGUCCGGGCAUUGAUGUGCCUGCCCCAGACAUGAGCACGGGUGAGCGAGAGAUGUCCUGGAUUGCGGACACCUAUGCUAGCACCAUCGGGCACUAUGAUAUUAAUGCCCAUGCCUGUGUCACUGGCAAGCCCAUCAGUCAGGGUGGGAUCCACGGACGCAUCUCUGCUACUGGCCGGGGAGUUUUCCAUGGAAUCGAAAACUUCAUCAAUGAAGCUUCUUACAUGAGCAUUUUAGGAAUGACACCAGGGUUUGGAGAUAAAACAUUUGUUGUUCAGGGAUUUGGUAAUGUGGGCCUGCACUCUAUGAGAUAUUUGCAUCGCUUUGGUGCUAAAUGUGUUGGUGUUGGUGAAUCUGAUGGGAGUAUAUGGAAUCCAGAUGGCAUUGACCCAAAGGAACUGGAAGACUUCAAAUUGCAACAUGGAUCAAUCCUGGGUUUCCCCAAGGCAAAGGUUUAUGAAGGGAGCAUCUUAGAGGCCGACUGUGACAUACUGAUUCCUGCUGCCAGUGAGAAGCAGCUGACCAAGUCCAAUGCACCCAGAAUCAAAGCCAAGAUCAUCGCUGAAGGUGCCAAUGGGCCAACAACUCCGGAAGCGGAUAAGAUUUUCCUGGAGCGGAACAUCAUGGUUAUUCCAGAUCUCUACCUGAAUGCCGGGGGAGUGACAGUGUCUUACUUUGAGUGGCUGAAGAACCUGAAUCACGUCAGCUAUGGCCGUUUGACCUUCAAAUAUGAAAGGGACUCUAACUACCACCUGCUCAUGUCGGUUCAGGAGAGUCUGGAAAGGAAAUUUGGGAAGCAUGGUGGGACUAUUCCUGUUGUGCCCACAUCGGAAUUCCAAGACAGGAUAUCGGGGGCGUCUGAGAAAGACAUCGUGCACUCCGGCCUAGCCUAUACCAUGGAGCGCUCGGCCAGGCAAAUCAUGCGUACAGCCAUGAAAUAUAACCUGGGAUUGGACCUGAGAACAGCUGCCUAUGUCAAUGCCAUUGAGAAAGUCUUCAAGGUGUACAAUGAAGCCGGUUUGACCUUCACAUAG